GUGCACGUUCGUCUUGAACGCGGGGCGUUUCGCGCAUUCUCGUUGCAGCUACGCUGCCGAGUGCUUCGUCGGGCGACACUGUGUGCACGAUGUCAGUACGACGUGCGUGACGAGAGAAAAGCGAAAAAAAAAGACUGUCGCGCGAUUGCUAUGCGAAUCGUCGAAACAAAAGUUCUCGCAAAUUGAUUGAAUCUUUUGGUCCCUCGAUGCCGGCAACAAUUUUUAUCUUUUUCUCUUUUCUUUGACACUAUUUGAAUCAUUUCACGCGUUCCAAUCGUGUGCUGAUUUGAAACGCGUUAGCGUUCCUCUUUCUCGGUCACUGUCGUAAAUAUUCUGCCAAUAACUUCGUGUUAACGCACGAUUUUGAUUGCGACCGGCAAUAUGCUGGCCGUACAGGCGUUCGAUCUGUAACGCAAUUCUGUAACAGGUGAUACGUUACUUCUCUUUAAUCUUCCCAAAAUCCCGAGCUAUUAUUAGCUUGAGAUAUUUUUGACGAGGUAUACUUCCAGUGACGUAAUAUCCGCGAUUGCUAUCCUUCCCAUCUGGACAUCAUUCCAAUAAAAUGGGUGUACGCGACAACCUGGCGAAUCGCGAACGGUGAAAUGUAGAUCGGCGCAUUUUUCUUCGCGCUUCUCCGGACAUUAUUCAACGACGCGGCGGCUGCCAGACAUCGUGAUCCUCGCGACAGCGGUCUCGGCUCGGCACCUCCUUAUCGCAUAGAAAAUAAAGGAGCCCGUUAUCGCGCGCGUGUGACAAAUCGAAGAUCGUAUCGCGUCUUGGCGCGAAUCGUCACUCCGCGAUGUGGAAUUGAGCGCGAUGGACAUCCUCGUGUUCGGCUCGUAAUUGUGCCGGGGUGAUAUUGCGACGGGCGAGUAUAGAGAGAGAGAGAGAGAGAGAGAGAGAGAGAGUAUACACGAGGAAAAUCGGCGGUGCAGCCGUCGAGAGGACAAGAGCAAAAUGAGGGCCCCGUUCCUCCUCUUAGGCGGCAUUGUCGUACUGUCGCUCGCGGUGGCGAGGGCUCUCUCGUGUGUGUGCUCGCCGCUUGAGUGCGACGUUCUCACCGACGAGGACUGCCCCGGAGGCCUCACCUGGGACCCCUGCAGGUGUUGCAAAGUAUGCGCGCGCGUGGAGGGCGAGCCUUGCGGCGGUCUCUUCGGUUUUUCGGGGAGCUGCGCUGUCGGUCUGCAAUGUGUAAUCAUGAAUCUGCUACCCCGCAGCCGAGAAAUGGACGAGGGUGUCUGCACGAAGAUCCCGGGCAGAUGGAGGAGGCACUGUCCACAUGGGCCGAUAAUGUCAGGUCCCGGCUGCAAUCUGGUCGGCGAGGGAGCCGAGGCGGCCGAGGCCGGAAGUACGGCGGCCGCCGGCAAAUGCGUUUGCGGUCCGUCGGUGCCCUGGUGUCCGGGUGAGCCGCGGCCCUACAUGUACAUGACGCGGCACGAGUGCAAGCUCAAUUUGCAGGCGAAAAUUGCUUACGAUGACCUCUAUAAUUCCGGAGACACGCCGAGCAGCGUCGCCGUCGAGGGCACGUCGUUCGGCGAGUCGGCGGCGCUGAGCGACCAGGAGCAGCUGACCGAGGAGAAAGAAUCGAGACGGAACGACGACGGUUGGCAGAGCGACGACGAGAGGACCGCGAAGCGGAUCGCCGGCUGGUCAGGAGCGGACGGCUGCCCGCAGGACAGCGUGCCGAACGAGAGCGGCGGUUGCAAAUGCGCGGAUUGUCCGCCCAUCAAGUGUCGACCGGGUCAACGGCCGGAUCUGGUGAAGGGGUCGUUUUCCGGUAGCCCCGGUAAAUGCUGCCAGCGCUACAACUGCGUACCCUCAGGUCACCACCAUCGAGUGGCCGAGUCGUCCUGUCCCGAGGACAGCGUCCUGACGGACGAUGGCGUCUGCAAAUGCGUCCCGACGUGUCCGCCGCCCAAGUGUCGACCUGGUCAACGGCCGGUCGAGGUGCGGGCGGCCAAACCCGAGACACCCGGUAGCUGCUGCCCCCUCCACGACUGCAGGCCCUCAGAUCCGAUCUCCUGGGUGAAGCCCGAGGAGAAACCGCAGAACUGCAUUCACGAGAACGUCUCGAGGAAACUCGGCGAGGAGUGGAAACAGGGCGACUGCAUCACUUGCGCCUGCAAGGAGGAUGGAAUCGCAUCCUGCCAAAUGACUAUGUGCAAGUCUUGCGAGAACGCGAUACCGCCCGACCCCGGCGAAUGCUGUCCCCAUUGCCCGUUCCCGACGAACAGCACCUUUGAUCACCGCCCGGACGAGUCCUGCAAGCCCUUGGACGAUUGCAAAAUGAAGUGUUACCACGGCUUCCGCACCGACAAGAAUAAUUGUCCGAUCUGCGAGUGCGCUGACGAUUUGGAGGUCGACCUCGUGCCGGAUGUGCUGCCGGAGGAUUACAAAGUUUGCCCGGAACUAUCGCAUUGUGGGCUCAACUGCGGCGACCUCGUCAAGGACGAGGACGGCUGCUCGGUGUGCGCCUGUCAGACGCCGCCGCGCUACCCGUCGCCGAACGACACCGCCUUGGACACGACGAACGACAAGAGGAUCUGUCCCGAGGUGAAAUGCGACCUACACUGCGAACGAGGCCUCGUCAUGGACGAGAACGAUUGCACGUUCUGCGAGUGCAAGCCGCCCACCGCCAGCUGCCCGCCGCUCCUCGGAUGCAGAAAGAGAUGCAGCUUCGGUUACAAAACGAACAAGCGCGGCUGCUCCGUAUGCCGCUGUCGAGCUUCGUGCAUGGACCAUUUGAACGAGACGCAUCCGGAGGGAUCGACUUGGUAUCCAAACAGCUGCACCACGUGUACGUGCGAGCCUGGCGGACGGCUUAAUUGCAAAGAAACUAUCUGCUCGGUGGCCUGCAAUAAUCCAUUGCCACCGAAAUCAGGCACUUGUUGCCCCGUGUGCCCGAUCACGGUCAACAAGGAGAACGAGGCGGUUAACCAGACCACCAGCCGGGGCUGGGGCACCGUGCCGAUUACGUUAAUCGUCGUACUCGCGCUGUUGUGCCUGUUGCUGAUAAUCCACAUCGUGCGCAACCGAUUCCGUGGCCGUCUGUCACCCUCGGAAGCAGCAUACGCGUCGUAUCCACCGCAAUAUUACAAGUGUGUGCCCGUGUACGACACUCCGGUGCAUCGAAACGAGAAAAUUGUACCUUUGUAAAAGACUGUUAUUGAUUCCCAAAGAGAGCGCGCGAAUUACCGGCGAACAAUGUUCAGAAACAUAUAAUUCGCCAAAUCUAUUUUAUACGCGAUCGCCGAAGACCCGGCGCGACUCGGACCUUACAUCACGUCCACGAUUAUCGAUAUUGACUCUUAAACGGUGGAUCUUUUAUUUGUAAAUCGCAGUUUAUUGUUUGCAGUAUGAAAACACAACGAUGUUCGUAUCCAUAUUCUAUUUGAUUCGCAAUUCAAUUAAACCUUAUUUAAUUUACGACAAAAAUACGUUCAAGAUCUUUUAAGAAAUUAUAAAAGUUUUUCAUAAAUCUUUGUAGAGUUUUACGGAUUGACUGAAUUAUUCCUAUUUGCAUUGUGAAUAAAAGAAGAGACAUCUUUAAGAGUUAAUAACAGUGGAUGCUGUACAGCUCGUCUAUACAUUGAGACAGAUGCGCGUAAAACUGCUAUUAACAUCUCGCUAGUUCAAAGUUAAAGCGAAUACUGGCAGGAGUGUAGAACUGAAUGCUGCGCACGAUUUGUGUAAUAAAGUCUCUCUUUGGGUCCGGCUGAAAAUACUUUACGUAGAUUCAGUAUUAUCUGUAAGCGGCAGUGAGUGUUGUGAAAGAGAGAAAGAGAAAGACAGACAGUGAGAAAGAGAAAAGCGCCGAUUCGCACCAAACUCAUAACAUGAUUGCCGAGCCCUCUUGAAAAUCUUUAACUUAAUAUGACACACCCGUGUAACCUGUAAAUUAUAAUAUAAUUAAAAACGUAGCGUAAUUACGGUUAAUUAAUAUAUAGGUAUAAAUGUAUUAAUGUUAACCCAUCGUAGAACUCUAACUUAAAUGGAAAAUCAUAAAAGAGACAGGUCUUCACCGUAGUAUUAGUUCCCUUGAUCUCUGGACCAUCAUUAUUAUCUCGUGUUGUAUUAAGCGUUUAUAUAAAACAAAAAGUAUUCAUUUUUUUUCGCAUGCGAAUAUCAAGUUCGCAUUAAUUCGAAGCGAUCGUCGAAUGUUUUUUCAAGAUAAAGGAUAUUUUUCUAUUAUUUAUAUUCUUAUUAUUAUUAUUGAAAAUUUAUAUUAUAAUUGGAAAAUUGAUUUAUCGCACGUUAUUUCGUUUUCCAUACAUUACAAUGUAUAUUUUUGCUUUUCUUCGGUAUUAAUUCUUAAUUUAUCUAAGAUUUACUUAACCGCUUCGUCGCGGUUAAUUUGUGAGAACAAGUUUAUAGACUUAAUCGUAGGCUAGCUGUUAACAACUGUGUUAUUAGACUGUUCCUAUGUUUUAUCUUUUAUUAUUAAUAUAAUAUCUUCGUGCUCAACUCUCGUUGAGUGAAUUAACGUAAUAUUUAUAUUCGAACAGAAUUCCUAAUUGUGUUAUCGCGGAAUAAAGUCGCCGCAUCCUACGGCCGCGCCAUGCAAAGGGAGAAAGGAAAAAUACAUGUACAUAUACCGUAAAAGUUUAGAUUAAGACGAAACUGAAACGAUGCGAGAGUUUCUUCGAAACUCUGUCGCGCUACGAUCGAUUUUAAAAUUUGCGCUCUGCGCAAUGCGAGCAGCAGAUACCCCGGUGUGCGGAUCACGAUAGCGUUACAUAAUACACGAUUACGUUCCGUAACUUCUCGGUUGCUUGUACAUACACGCCUGGAAGUUUGUUCUCCGGCGGCUUCUCGGGAACAGAACCCGAGUUAUUUUCGGAUCCUAACUAACAGCACGCUUAGAUAGGCGCACUUCUCUUGUUCGUACAUAUUUCAUAUUGCGGUGGAGUUUGCGGCAACAAUGAUGCGACACAAUGAGCACAAUGAGCACACAACGCGGUUGUGAAAUGUGAGUUGAGAUGAAGAAGAGUAAAAAUUAAGAAUCAUGAGUAAAAUGAGGAGAUAUAAUAAUGAACGACAAUGAUGUAAUCAGAUUGAUGAAAGUAGAAAAAGAGGUGAAAAUAAAUAUGAUUGAAAUUUGCGAGCUACAUCGAACGAGAGAAGUUAUUUCGAACGAUGUCUUUGCGCAGCCGAACUGCCGACUCUCCGCCAAUGAACCAUACAUAUCCAUGUGCUUACACGUAUGCACGUAGUUCGUCUUCUUCCUCCCUAAUUAAAACACAUACAUAUAUUUUUUCAAUGUGACUUGUCUUAUAUAUCUCGUAUGUAACCGUAUAGCCUAUAUUAGACUUAUUUAUACAUAACACGUGUAAUCGUGCAAACGCGUGCGCGCAUACCAUACGUUUAUUAUCUAUAAACCGCAGGCUGUAUUUCGCACGUGUAUAUGUAUUUCGGAGACAAUAUGUACGUAGUAUAUCGACGAGGCAGAUCCGGAUAGCGAUAUAUAAUGGUAAGAAUGAUUUCUUUCAUUGUUAUCGUACGCAGGAUGUUCGCGUUAACAAUAAUAAUAAAAAAAACGUCGGCAGUAACAAUAACAAUUAAUGAUAACGAUAGUAAGAAUAAUUUAGCACACACGCAUAUACGAACGGUCGGUCCUUGGCGGCGAACCCAAUUCACAGCGGACGAUGCAUACAAUAAAAUUUGUGAUAAACGGGAAUUGGACAUCCGUCUGCGCGCUUUGCAAAAAUAAGAAAUUUUGUGAUCUUCUUGAGAAACUUUGUAACGUAUAACGCCCACAGGAUUUGCGAUCCACUGUUGCGAUGCCGGUCCAGCGUAUUCGAUUUAUCCCUGACUUCGCAUUUUGUCCCUUUUGGGAAAGCGGCGAAUUGCGCCGUUCAAUCGUGCUGGAAAAGAGAGAACGGAUUAGCUGGCUUGUUUUUUUUUUGUCGGGCUCGUCUGCAAAAAAACGAGGCAAAUCACGCUCGUUUGCGGUGAGAAAUUAGGAGGGAACACAAAUGUCACGGUUGACGUCAAUCGAUUCCAUCGACAUUAGAUCUGGCGUUUAAACGAGAUAAAAUUACAAACGUAAUUUGUAUCACUGGGGAGAAGCAAAGUAUCCCUUAAAAAGAUUGAAGUACGUCGUAUUUAUAGAGAAUUUGUAACUUAAGACAUCACACCGAGUGUACGAUGGGAACAUAUUUUAUAUCCCGCGCUAGAUAUCCCCCAAUUAUUCACAUCAAGAAAGCAGAGCCUAAUGUAUAGGGUGUUCCGAAAAGGAUGUACAGAGUAAUCCUUAAGAUACAAAUGUAUUUAAUUAUAUUUCAGUAAACAUAAUAUAUUCGCUCAUCAAUCUGGAGCUUAUCUGAGCAAAAAUUUAAAGCUUUAUUUUUCUUAUCUAUCUUAAACACAAAUCUAAGACUUUAUGUUAUAGUUUUAUAACAUUAAAUAUUUCAGAUUGCGGCGAUUAAUUUUUAACGAUAUUUAUUCUUGAAUAUAUUCUUAUUCAAAAUACAUGUAACCUAAAAAUCAAGAAGUUCUUAUAGAAAAUAAAAUCAUGCUACUCGUGUACACUUUUUCGUUGUCUGUGUAUAUACAGGAGGACACCGGAAUCAUUAUCGAGAUAUUAUAGAGAAUAGGUGAAGAGAUUUACAGUUUUUUGGAUCGAACGUUAUGACCGGUUUUUGAAUGCAGUUACAAACAAAUCGAGUAGUAUUGUACUUGUGCGCUCUUUGUACAAAUUCCCUGUAACGUGAUCAUAUCAGUGUAACUUAGUUUACUUAUAACAUAUACGUACAGCUAUACAUACUGGAUGCGCAAUGUUGAAAAAUAGCUCUUGUAUGUUAAAUAAACCGAGAUUAAAUAAAAUUGUUGAUA